UCGGAUUGCGCUUAAAAUUAACUGUGUGCGUUUGUGGAGAGCAGAAUUUGCUUUGAUUUCGAGCCCAGUCGGACCCCUUAAACCCCACGAAGGAGUCGUUUUUUGUGUUAAAAAUGAGUUUUUAGGGGUGAGGUUUACACAACGACGUUCUGCUCACCUGAAUCUGUCUUGGCACCCGGAGAACGGGAUUUGUGCCACAUUUGGGGCUUUCUUUUGCGCGCCGGAAGAACGAUCCCCUGGGCAAUAUACACAGGAGAUCCAGGCUUCUGCUAAACGCAUGUCCUCGCAUGGCCUGAAUACAAAUAUAGCAUAGGCUGCUGUAGAAUGAGUUGCACCGGUCUCUAAUUUACCCGAUAAGCGUGAUUGGUGUGGAGAGUCACCUCGCAGGAGCAGACGCAGCAGUGCGCACUCUUCCAUCUGACGUGGACCUGCUCUCCGCCGGUGUUUUUUUCCUCGCUGAAACCAUUAAUAUCCUGACAUCUGGACCGAGUUUGAGGAGCCAAAAGUUUUUAUUCUUGCAUUCUUGUUUGCAUCGACUCUCUCCGACUCUAUACCAAUGAUGAAUGAGAACAAUGAGAUGGAGAGCGACUCGCAGCUCCAGCGCUCCCCAAACAAUAUGCCCAUCCAGCCGAUGACAUCCAAGCUCCAGAGACUGAAACGCUCGCUCUCCUUCAAGACCAUGAUGCGCAGUAAGAGCGUGGAGAACUUCUUUCAGAGGUCCUACAGCGACGCUCGACUGCCCGCAGACUUCAUCACCGACCCGCCGCCGCCCUCUCCCCCGCUGCCACCCGGCUCCCCCCUCGUUGGCGAGCGCUCGCCCUCCAUCUCGCCGUCUCUUAGCCCCAACCUUUCCAUCUGUUCUCACUCCCCGUCUCUCAGCCUUUCCCCGUCGCUGCCUGCCAAGCCACCCCGAGCUCAGAUUAACCACUGUUUUCAGGACCACAUCUUUCGGAAGCCCACCAACUGCCAGCACUGCAAGCACAUGAUAGUGGGUAACUCCAAACAAGCUCUGCGGUGUAAAACGUGCAAGAUGGCUGCGCACCUGUGGUGCACGUCAGAACUGUCGCAGCAGCAGUGCCAUGGAAAGUCUGGAGCAUUCAAGCGAAACUUCAGCUCGCCGAUGCUCGUCAAUGACCAAUUGGCUGUCGUCAAGGAAGUUCAGCCGUGCCAAGAGCAGCCUCCCUCUCACCUGACAACCACGGAAGCAUGAAGUGGGGAACAGAUAAGGAAGAAGAACAACUUCAGCUUUUCUCGGAGGCUGGUGGACGGUCUCCGCUCCGAAAGUAUGUGAAUAAAUAUUUACAAGCUGUGAUGUUUAUGUUUUUUAAUCUGUUUAUGAUUUGCAUCGUAUAC